GAGAGAACCCAAGAGCUGAAGACUCGAUCGCCGCGGACCGCUUCGUGGCCAAUUCAGUCGCAAGUGGACCGCGUAGUGUGUCAGUGGUGCUGUCGAGUGGUGUUGAGUGUUGCGCUUUUUUGAAUAGGAUAAUUCUCUCCGCUCGCUUACUAUAGAAGUUGAUCGUGUUGCGAGAGGAGGAGAAGAGAAGAGUAUUUUUUUUCCGUGGAAAAGAAAGAGUGGAAGAGAGCAAGAAUAGCAGGGCCCGCGAGGUGGGCACGAAAGAAAAACAACAAAAUGAUCGGCAGUGACUACGUGUUGGAGGCGCAUAAUAUUUAUCAUACCACCGAGGUCGACACCGGUGGCUGCUUCAAUGGUGGCGGUCAGUCAGCCCUUGUUCUCAAGGGGGUCCAUCUGACCGUGCACAGUGGCGAAGUGAUGGCCAUCCUGGGCUCCAAGGGCAGCGGGAAACGUGCCCUGUUGGACGUGAUUGCACGUCGUUCCGAGGGAUCCUCGCGGGGUCAGGUACUGCUGAAUGGGUCCCCUCUGACGAAGUCGCUGUUCCAGCAGCGCUGCGGUUACGUUACCCAUGGUUGCGAUUUCAUCCCUGGGCUCACCGUGUCCCAAACGCUGAACUACACGCCCACCAUCCUGGGUGGCUACCUGAAAAGUUCCAAGGUGCGCCAGGUGCUGGCCGAUUUGGCGCUAUCCCAGGUGUCCCACAAAAAGGUGGAAAAUUUGAACAUCAGUGAGAAACGCAGACUGGCCAUCGGUGUCCAACUGGUGCGGGAUCCGGUGAUGCUGUUGCUGGACGAACCAACGCAGGGUCUAGAUCCGCUGAGCGCGUACCUAUUGAUCAGCAUACUUUCCAAUUCGGCCAAAAAGACAGGCUGCGGCAUUCUUUUGUCCAUGGAAAAGCCACGCUCGGACGUGUUCCCGUUUCUGGACAGAGCUCUUUUUCUCUGUUUGGGAGGAGCCGUUUACUCGGGUGGUACCCGAGCAAUGCUGGAGUACUUCCAUGGAAUUGGGUUUCCCUGUCCGCAGCUGGAGAAUCCUCUGAUGUAUUAUCUCUGCUUGUCGACAGUUGAUAGGAGAUCGCGCGAUCGCUUCCUCGAGUCCAGUCAGCAGAUCGAAGCGCUGGUGGAACGUUUCGCACGCGAGUCGCCCAUCCCGGAGGCACCUAUCAAUCCCAUCGGAAGCGGCAAGAUCCCGUUGGCAUACGGCAAACCGGGCGAGUUGAAGGUAUGGGGCAUCUUGUAUCUGCGAUUACUCGCCGCCACAUUCUCGUGUGGUAAGGCUGGAAUGAAGGCACUAUUUUUACGGUUGCUGGCGUUGCCAGCUGCCAUGGGUUUGAUGUGGCUGUUUUACAACCAGGCGGGCGAUGACUCGCAAGGAUUCUUCAGCAAGAGUGGAAUGAUUUUGGCUGUGCUGGGUCUUAGCUAUGGUGUUGGUAUUUGGACAACGAUUUCGUUAUUCCCUUCGUGGCGUAAACGCUUCUGCCAAGAAUACUCGGAGGGAUUGUACACCGGUGCAACUUUACUGAUCGCCUACAAUGCUGUGUCGAUGCCAUUCUCGUUUAUAUCGGCCGCCUUGGCUUCAUGUGUUUUCUAUCCGCUCGUACUGAAUCCAAUCGCUCCAAACGGACUAACGUUCAUGUAUAUCCUGAUCGCUCUAUGGAGCAGUUACAUGCUUGCGGAACAGCUCAGUAUCGCCUUUCUACUCAUUAUAAGAUCCCAAAUCAAUGCAUCGAUUGCCGUUUCCUACAUUUUGAUCAUCUGUCUGUCACUGGCUAGCGGAACCGUACGGUCCCACAAGGGUCUCUCACCAUGGCUGCAAGAGAACGCAAAGGGUGUCCACACGAAGUACGCUAGCUCGUUGCUACACACCGCAAUAUUUUACGGUCGUGAAAUGGUCUGCAAUCCGAUCGGUGGAGUAGUUUGUCCUCAGCCGGCCGAAUUUCUACUGGAACGGAUCGGGAAGGCGCAUCCCCUGGAGACGACUGAUAUUGCGGCCAGUCUUGCGUUCGCUUUCGGACUUUGUGCGUUCAAUAUGUUUCUCUAUCUGCUUCCAAUGCCGCGAUGCGUUCGUAGGAAGUUCAGGGACUAGGACGAUAACGCAGUAUUUUGUCUACGAAUUUUAAACUAUAUUUAGCCUCGAAUAGGUUUAGUUCUGCUCCAUAUUUUUUAGAAAAUAUUUAAUCCGA